CCGUUUUCUCCCGCUAAGCGGGGAGGGGCAAGAGGAGGAAACUGCCGAGGGAGGCGACGCCAAGCAGCCGUCGGUUAAAUGCCCUUGCGCGGGCGGGCGGCGGAAGCGUCUUCCUUUGCUAAGCGAGCCUGCUGGAGGCCGGGCAGCGGCGCAAUGAUGGCCCCCGGCCCGUCGGGUUCCUCCGCGGCCAGCAAAACCCGCCUGUUGCCGCCGGGGCUCCGGUGAGAGCGAGCAGCCUCGGGCCAGGAUGCUGGGUCCCCGGGAGAGAGCUGCGCCCCGCCAGGCGCCCCCCACCGAAAGCGCCCGGGACCCCGACCACCACCAGCGCUGGGCCAGCCUCUUCGAGCAGCUGGACACCAACAAGGACGGGCGCGUGGACGUCCACGAGCUCCGCCAAGGCCUGGCCCGGAUGGGCAUGAACGCCGGCUCCCAAGCCGAGCAGGAUAUCCUACGAGAGGGUGACACAGACCAUGACGGGGAGCUUAAUUUCGAGGAAUUUACCCGCUACCUCCAGGAGCGCGAACGCAAACUGCUGCUGAUGUUUCACAGCCUGGACCACAACCAUGACGGCCACAUUGACGUGUCCGAGAUCCAGCAAACCUUCCACAGCCUGGGCGUUUACAUCUCCCUGCAGCAAGCGGAGAAAAUUUUGCACAGCAUAGACAAGGAUGGCACCAUGACCAUUGAUUGGCACGAGUGGCGUGACCACUUCCUCCUCAAUCCGUUGGAGAACAUGGAGGAGAUCGUAUACUACUGGAAGCACUCGACGGUCCUUGACAUUGGUGAGUGCCUCACCGUCCCAGAUGAGUUUUCCGAGAAAGAGAAGAAGACAGGGAUGUGGUGGAAACAGCUCAUUGCUGGAGCCAUGGCUGGUGCUGUCUCCAGGACUGGAACUGCCCCAUUGGACCGACUGAAAGUCUUCAUGCAGGUUCACUCCUCCAAGAACAACAGCAUGAAUGUGUUGGGCGGAUUGCAAAGCAUGAUACGCGAGGGAGGCAUCCGCUCCCUGUGGCGAGGCAACGGGAUCAAUGUGCUCAAGAUCGCACCUGAGUCUGCCAUCAAGUUCAUGGCCUACGAACAGAUCAAGCGGGCAAUUCGUGGGCAGCAGGAAACACUGAGGGUGCAGGAAAGAUUCGUUGCUGGCUCGCUGGCUGGCGCCACAGCACAGACCAUAAUCUACCCUAUGGAGGUCCUAAAAACACGGCUGACCCUCCGCAAGACGGGUCAGUACUCAGGGGUGGCGGACUGUGCCAGGCAGGUCCUGCGGAAGGAAGGGAUCCGUGCCUUUUACAAGGGCUACCUGCCAAACAUGCUGGGCAUCAUUCCCUACGCUGGCAUUGACCUGGCAGUUUACGAGACGCUGAAGAACACCUGGCUGCAGAAGUACAGCAAGGACACAGCUGACCCGGGCGUUCUGGUGCUCUUGGGCUGUGGCACCGUCUCCAGCACCUGCGGCCAGAUCGCCAGCUACCCAUUAGCUCUGGUGCGGACCCGGAUGCAAGCCCAAGCAACCAUUGAAGGUGGCCCGCAGCUGAGCAUGCUGGGCCUCUUCAGACACAUCCUCUCCAGAGAAGGGGUGCUGGGCCUCUACCGCGGCAUUGCCCCCAACUUCAUGAAGGUCAUUCCUGCCGUCAGCAUCAGCUAUGUUGUGUAUGAGAACAUGAAGCAGGCCCUGGGGGUCACGUCCAGAUGAAGCGGAUGAAGCCUGCUCCCCCAAAGUGGCCAGGACCUGCCUCUCAAGAAGGACCGCUCCUCCCGACAGUGUGUCCUGAAGGCAGCAGUAGGUGGGGACGUACCUCCUCUGCUCUAGUGCUCUGUGGGGCAAGGAGUGGGCAGCUGGGCGGAGGAAGGCCAAAGAGUGCUGGAGUGAGCGGGCCCUUGUUCUCCUCAUCCCCAGAAGAGCAGAGUUCUUCCUCAGCAAGGAGGACCAAGGAGGCAUGUCCCACUUGCUUACAAAGGUGUCCCUCGUCCCCCCCCCCACCAGACGCCGGAGGAUGGGAAGUGCCAUGGCCCUUUUGAGGUAGAUUUUCAUAGGUCUCCCAAGUGCUGGAGUCUCUGGGGACGGCCACCUCAAACGGGCUUGCUUCUGAGUCAAGGCUACUCGCCAGGAGCCUGCUGCUCUCGCUGCAUGUGUGUCGUCUUCUUCCCUGCCCCCACCCAGCAUGUUUCCUGUUCUGCGUAUUUCUGCCAGCCAUACCACGAUCCAGCAGGAAAUCAACCCCAUUGACGUUCAUUGCCGGUGACGUGUGGCCAGAUCUGGAAUGAGCAGCUAUCCUGUUAGCAAAAUGGGGAAGGUACUCUUCACCCCACUUCACCCACGGUCUCUCAGCACAGGAGAUGAUGCAUUCAGGGAGAAUCUGUCAUACACUGGAGGUGUUAGAAAAUUCAGCAAUUGCAACCAGGCGUUUUCCAAACCCUUUUGUUGACACCCCGGCAUCUGGGGGUUUGAGGAUACACGAGGACACGUUCUUACUCCACCCCAGAUAUCCGGCUGCAAAAACUGAACCACACUGAUCCCUCUUCUAUUCCUCUCUCUUCCACAUCCUGUGGGGGCGCUGGAGCACCAAGAGGUUGCAUUUCAGCCCAGCCCUGCUUUAUCUUUACCUAUGUGGAAAGUGUCUGUAUAUUUUGCACGUUGACUUGUUUUUAACUUAUAAGACUGGUCUGCACUCUCUUCUCGACCUAGACAUCGGGAGAUGAACUGAAAUGUCUUCCCAACCCCAAUCUCUCCCUUUCCCCUCUGAGGUGGUGGACAAUGGAGAAAGACAUUUCAAGGGCUAUUUGCUGUCGUCGUCAACACUCUUUACCUGAGGUCUCUGGAUUUCUUGUGUGAACACAUUUCUGCUUGCUGGGAGAUGUUUGCGCUGGUCACAUCAGCACUGUGGCUUAAGAAGUGACACACACAUGCACACCCACACACCCCAACAGUAACCCUUGAAUCCAUGCUCCCUGGUUUCCAUGGCCCUCUUCUGUCUUGCUUACCUCUACGUAUUGGCAAGUUGUAAUACAAAGGAGGUAGGAACUUAUUUUUCCUCUCCCCACCCCCCCGUGGGAUAUUGCUUUGAAAGAUGUAGAAGAGGCAGGACGGCAGGUAGAAAGAUUGCCCAGGAAUACCUUCCUCCCCACCCACCACCCAGUAGUCAUAGUAAUAAAAAUAAAAACCUGUUUUCAAAUGAUUUCCCAGAGCACUAUCUUCUAAUGUGUACAGUUCUGGGGCAUUAGGGUUCCAAGCCUAAAGCCUAAUGUACAGUGGAACCAGAGUUGCACUGAAAACAAUUAAUGGGGGAAGAAUCUGCGGCAAGAAAAGCUUUCAUCUUUGUUUUUCAUAGUCAUUUCUGCUUCUGCUAAUCACGGGCAAGAAGAUAUGAAGGGCACUAAAUUCCUCCCACCACCAGUAGCAGCAGCUAUAUUCAGGAACCUCUCUGGCUCCCAUGCUUUGCAACCAAAGGGCAGGACCAGGGAAGGACGCCAAAUGUUAGGGACGGCACUUUUGUAACCACAAGAACACAACAGUAACCCACGUUCCCCCAGACCUUUAAUGCAGUCGUACCUUGGAUCUCAAAUGCCUUGGCUCCAGAACAAAUCGGCUCCCGAACGAUCGAUUGUUCCUUCCUGCAGCCAAUCAGAAGCCGCACUUUAGUUUCUGAACGUUUUGGAAGUCAAACAGACUUCUGGAACAGAUUCCAUUCGGCUUCCAAGGUACGACUGUACUUGGGACACAGAUGUGGAUAGGGUGGUGGUGGUUGUUGUUUUAAUGGGAUACUUUUAUGCUCAAAAAGGUGCACCUGUACUUUUCAUGAUCAGCUUCCAAGACAAUAGGAAGUCAGCAGCGGCAUCUACAGUAGGUUGAAGCUGCGGGACCUUAGACCCCAGAUAAGCAGUAGCAAUGUUGAUGGCAGCAGCAAGGCUCUGCCCCAUCACACAUGCACAAAAUGGACGCUUCGACAACCAAAGGUUUCGACUUAUGAAGAGCGCCGCGGAAUGGAGCACCUUCAUAAGUCGAGGUACCACUGUAGUCAUCUUCAAAUAGCUAAAGGGCUGUCACAUGGAAGCAAGCUUGUUUUCUGCUGCUCCAGAAGACAGGACCCUUACUAAUGGAUUCAAGUUACAAGAAAGGCGAUUCCAACUAAACAUGAGGACGAACUUUCUGAUUGGAGGAGGCAAUGCUAUUUUUCUAGAAAAAGAGGUACCAGAACUCACCAUGAAUGCCUCCCUCCUUCUCUUAGAAUGGCAAUGGCACCCACCUGAGAGGUGCUAGAACUGAGUUCCGGUUGAAAAAAAGCCCUAGUAAGAGGUUUUCAACAGUGGAAUGGACUACCUAGGAAGGUGGCAGACUUCAUCAGAGAUAUGGGUGGCUAUCUUUCAGGAAUUCUUUAGUUGUUAUUACUUCAUUGAGGGUGGGUUCGAUGAGAUGACCUUUGCCUUUCUUCCAACUCUAUGAUUCUGUGUUGCCUGAUGAGCAUGGUGAACCUAUUCCAAGUUAGAUGGGGGUUAUGAUCCCUUUAAAGAGCUUUGAGGAAGGCAUUAGUUCCACAUUUGUAGCUUCUCUGAUUCCAGCGAAGGAAAAGGUAGUUGCUGAGUAUCAGCUCUCUCUUUCAGAGCAUUUAACAGGAGACCUUACCUAUAAGAAAUGAAGAGCAAUUAUAAACGUAUGCACCUGGCAGUAUUCCUAUCCGGUUGUGUUCCUGGGCUGACGGUACAAAAAUCCAGAAGAGAAAGAAAGGUGGGGGCCCACUGUACAGAACUGAGGCAAUGCUAGAGAGAGAGUUUAAGAUUGUUUUCAGUGGAAACUUAUGAUUUAAGGUUAAUGGCACUUUGAUUUUAGUAGCAAAAUGGGGAGAGCAGAGUCAAGAAACAGGCAAGACUUGGGAGCUUACAGGGAUAAAGUGAAACUAAAAGUAUUUCUUGAGCCUGGCUGGCAGCUCAUACUUGGGGCAACUCGCCCCUCUCCUGCUCGCAACACUGGGGAGGACAGGUAAGGAUUGCUCAGUUGCAGCCUUGAGGCCCCCACCCUCCCAUCAACAAAUUGGGAGAAAAGGCAGAGGCCGUUUCUGCUGCCCAUUCCCAUGUUAUGCUCCUUCCUCUGCUAGCUAUAGCAAGCGAAAUCCCCAGGUGCGCUGCCCAGAAGGUGGGUGAAUAAAAAACACUGGGGAGAAAAUGGGUGGGGGAUAAGCUGUCGCUGCCUCAUCUCCUCUGUCAGCUGCACAUUUAAAGGUGUUUUAGGAGAAAUCUUUGAGAUGUAGACUAGCAACCCUAGUGAGAGAGUUAAUUUGGUAUGUGACCUAAAGCAUGGUUUAGAUGUAAGUAAAAGUUCGGAGAAUCUGACUGUGGGGCAAAGGACCUGUUUGCCUUCAGAUCCCCUCCUGCCAUUGAGUCUGCAAAACAGCUGUAUAUCCUGUUAUCCAGCUGUGGCCCUGGGCUUCCUGCUGCAUGACUGUUUGAGCAUUGAGAAGAUGUAAAUAACAAAUGAUCCCUGACUAAAAUGUUCUACAGAGAAACCAGCUACCUCUUGUUACUUUUUCCCAGAAAACAAGUGCGGGGGCUGGUUCCUAACAUAGAAUCCCUUUUUUAGGGACUGAGCAAAGUGGAAAGUCCUACCCACAUCUUUUGCAUUCAUCUUGCACUUUCUUUAUAAAUCUUGCCUGAAUCUGACUCCAGCAAGGCAACUUCCAUACAUCUGUUGCUGCUGCUUUGUGUUGGUAUUUCAAAGGGAAAAAAGAACACACACUAAUAAAUUUUCUAAACUUUG